AUGGCGGCGUUGGAGGCAGACGACUCUUUCCUCUCCGUCAUGUCAGAUCGCUCCCCGGACCCGGACUUCUCAGCCUUGGUAGUCAAGUUGGGGAUCAUCCUGCAGUCGGGAGGGAGGCUGGAGAGAGUCCUACCGGGCAGCCCGGCACACCUGGCAGGGAUAGAGAGGGGGGACGAGAUGGUGGCGGUGAACGGGAGGGAGUUCGACGAGGAAGUGCUCAUGGAGCUGCUGGCCGACGCCUUCCAGGUCAGCAGCGACACCAACACCAUGACAGUGACGAUCAGGAGGAAGGGGGACCCCCCGGGUAUCGUGAGGGAGGUGGUCCUUACCCUUGGAGGGCAGCCCUGCUCCGCGCACAUGCGGAGAUGCUUCGAGCUCUUGGCAAACCUCAAGUUCCUGGAGCAGGAGGAGGAGCAGGAGGUUGGCUCGGGGAGGACGGCGAGUCUCCUGGACGAUAUGUUCGAUGCCUUUGAAGCUUUCUGCCUCGAGAACUUCGAGCACAUCCAUAGCUUGAGGAAGAAGCUGCUGCAGGAAAGACACUCGGCUGGCGUGAAGCGGAGGAGGAGGACUGAAGAGCUAAGGCAUGCCAGCAGUGAGCUGAAGAGGCAGGACUCCCAACAACUCUCUUCCUCCCUCUCAAAGGCGAACGUGGUGAGGAAAGAGACGGAUGGGCAAGGCAAGCAGCAAGACUGCCUCCUCCUCCGAGUACCUGUGGACGUCGAGGAUGCAUCUGUGACCCUGCGUAUUCCUGUCUCUUUGUCUCCUACCCUCUGCGAGCGAAAAGAUGGAAGGAGGGCGGAAGAGAAGGAAACGAGCGAAGACAAGAAGGAAACAAGAUCGAAGGAUGGAGAACAGGAGGAGCAAGACAGGCAGAAAGGAGAUCAUGUGAGAGAUCAGCACGGUUGGACCAGCCAAGCUCUGGAGGAGAAGGAGGGGAGGGGGCGUCGGCAGCUGUUGGAGAUGGGGAGAGAGCUGAUGGAGGAGGUUGGAAGGAUCCAAAGGGCUCUGAACGAUCUGACGUCUGAGAUCAUCUUGCAUGAUGAGAAGCAACAUCGACAAGUCCAGCAGGUGCUGAGCUGUGGGUACUUGCUGUGUGGUGGUUUUGAAGAUGACGACGAUGACCAUGACCAUGAUGAUGAUGACAAUGAGGAUGAGGAUAAUGACGAUAUUGAUGAUGACGACGACGAUGACGAUGAUGACGAUGACGAUGACAAUGAGGAUGAGGAUGAUGACGAUAUUGAUGAUGACGACGACGAUGACGAUGAUGACGAUGACGAUGACAAUGAGGAUGAGGAUAAUGACGAUAUUGAUGAUGACGACGACGAUGACGAUGAUGACGAUGACGAUGACAAUGAGGAUGAGGAUAAUGACGAUAUUGAUGAUGACGACGACGAUGACGAUGAUGACGAUGACGAUGACGAUGACGAUGACGAUGACGAUGACAUUCACCGUCAAGCAUGA